CGGUUCAGUGUCAUAGCUAUUGUCCUACACGUGCAAGAAAUUUCGUUUCAAUGUUUGAAAAACAUUGAACAUUAAAACAAUAAAUCCAGUCUUUUCGACUUAUAGCCAAAAUAUAUAUUACACAUAAAUGUUUACUGCGUCAUAAAAAUGGGCAAAAAAGUUCACAAUGCCAAAGCGCGGCAAAAUCCACAAACAAUUGUGGACAAUUCCGCAGCUAAAAAGAUACAAAUAGAUGUGGACUCUGUGGCCGGUGGCAGGGACAGGGGCAUCGGUGCUGGCUACGAUGAGGCCAAUGCCUUGGUGCUGCCCUCACAGAAACGCGCCACCAAGACCAUAGUUGAGAAGGCGCAGUAUGUGAAAAUCCUGACGAAGAAGCAGCGCAAGCACCUGCAGGCGAUUGUGGACAAGAAGAAGAAAAAGGAAGGCCGCGCCCAGCUGCUGGAAGAUUUGGCCACUGUACAGAUACCCGACGCUGAGCUGCAGCAGUACACAUCCAUCAGCCAGGUGCAGACGGUGGGCCUGAAGCGCCUGCAAACUCUGGACGACUACUUGGCCAAGAAGAAGGAGCGGCAGGCUCAGGUGCAGGCCGAGAAAACACCCGGAAGUCGUGUGAAUGCCAUCAAGGGGGCAGCCAAGCGUAAACUGCUUACCGAGGAGCAGGAGGAGCUUGAUGCCAAGCGAAAGAAUCCAAAUAUAGUUGGCCUAAAUGCAGACGACGAAGAGGAGAGUGAGAGUGCCUCUUCGAGUGACGAUGAUGAUGAGCCUGCAGCAGAACCUCCAUCAGAGCCUGCAGGUGGCCCCACUCCAUCGGAAACAGUGCCCAUUCCCGUACCGGUGAGCACACCCAAGAGAGAAGGCCCGAAACCCGUUGCUGUUCCUGCCACACCUAAAUGCACCCAUCAAACAGUUUACGUGCCCGUGAACCGCUUGGACAAAGUGCAGGAGGCGCGUCUGCGCUUGCCCAUCCUCGCGGAGGAGCAGCAGGUGAUGGAGACGAUCAACGAGAAUCCCAUUGUGAUUGUAGCCGGUGCAACGGGCUCCGGAAAGACGACCCAGCUGCCGCAGUUCCUGUACGAGGCGGGCUAUGCCCAGCACAAGAUGAUCGGCGUGACUGAGCCGCGGCGCGUGGCCGCCAUAGCCAUGUCGAAGCGUGUGGCCCACGAGAUGAAUCUGUCCGAGCGCGAGGUGUCCUACCUCAUCCGUUUCGAGGGCAACGUGAGUCCGGCCACGCGCAUCAAGUUCAUGACGGACGGCGUCCUGAUGAAGGAGAUCGAGAGCGACUUCCUGCUCAACAAGUACUCGGUGAUUAUCCUGGACGAGGCGCACGAGCGCAGCAUCUACACGGACAUCCUCGUGGGGCUGCUGUCGCGCAUAGUUCCCCUGCGCCACAAGCGCGGCAGUCCCCUGAAGCUCAUAAUCAUGUCUGCCACGCUCCGCGUGAGCGACUUCACCGAGAACACGCGGCUGUUCAAGCAGCCCCCGCCGCUGAUCAACGUGGAGUGCCGCCAGUUCCCCGUGACCAUCCACUUCCAGAAGCGCACCCCCGACGACUACGUGGCGGAGGCAUACCGCAAGGCCCUGAAGAUACACAACCAGCUGCCCGAGGGCGGCAUCCUCAUCUUCGUGACUGGCCAGCAGGAGGUCAAUCAGCUCGUGCGCAAGCUGCGCCGCACUUUCCCCUAUCGUCCCCCCACAACCCAAGGCCAGACAGCGGCAAAGGAGCAGCUACAAGACGAAUCUGGGGAGGACCAGCCCAAGGAGCUGGAGCUGGAGUUCGAUAUGAAGCGUGUGAUCCGCAAUAUCCGAAAGUCCAAGAAGAAGUUCCUCGCGCAGAUGUCGCUGCCGAAGAUCAACCUGGACGACUACAAGCUGCCCGGCGACGACACCGAGGCGGACAUGCACGAGCAGGGGGACUCGGAUCACGACUGGGAUGACGAGGAGGGUGCCCUGUCCGCAGAGGACCAGGAUGACGACGACGGACUGGGAGUCGCAGAGGCGUCCGGCAUGCCCUCCGGCCCGAAGCAGCCGCUCUGGGUGCUGCCCCUCUACUCGCUGCUCUCCUCGGAGAAGCAGAACCGAAUCUUCCAGCCCGUGCCCGAGGGCUGCCGCCUGUGCGUGGUCAGCACGAAUGUGGCCGAGACCUCGCUGACCAUUCCCCACGUCAAAUACGUCGUAGACUGCGGCCGCCAGAAGACGCGACUCUACGACAAGCUGACCGGCGUCAGCGCCUUCGUGGUCACCUACACGUCCAAGGCCUCGGCGGAGCAGCGGGCUGGCAGGGCGGGCCGCAUCAGCGCCGGCCACUGCUACCGGCUGUACUCCAGCUCCGUGUUCGAGCACCAGUUCAUGGAAUUCGGCCUGCCGGAUAUCCAGCAGAAGCCCGUCGACGACCUGAUGCUGCAGAUGCGCGCCAUGGGCAUCGACCGCGUCGUCCACUUCCCCUUCCCCACGCCGCCCGACCACAUCCAGCUGCAAGCCGCCGAGCAGCGUCUCACUGUCCUGGGCGCCCUGAAGGGCUCGCCCGGCGACGCCAAGGAUCUGCCUCCGGCAGUGACUCCGCUGGGAAAGAUCAUCUCCCGCUUCCCGGUGGCCCCGCGCUUCGGCAAGAUGCUGGCCCUCUCCCACCAGCAAGGCCUGCUGCCCUACACCGUGUGCCUGGUGGCCGCACUGUCCGUGCAGGAGGUGCUGCAGGAGACGGGCGUGCAGCGGACCGAGGACGUGGCCCCCAGGGCUAACAAGUUCCACGAAAAGCGCCAGCGCUGGGCGGCCAGCGGCAACUUCCAGCUGCUCGGAGAUCCCAUGGUCCUCCUGCGGGCUGUGGGAGCGGCAGAGUAUGCCGGCUCGAGGGGCCAGCUGCCCGAGUUCUGCGCCACCAACGGACUGCGCCAAAAGGCGAUCAGCGAGGUGCGCAAGCUGCGCGUCCAGCUGACCAACGAGAUCAACCUGAACGUCAGCGGGGUGGAGCUGAGCGUGGAUCCCCAGCUGAAGCCGCCCAGCGAUGCGCAGGCCCGCUUUCUUCGCCAGAUACUGCUGGCGGGCAUGGGGGAUCGAGUGGCGCGCAAGAUGCCGCUGGCCGAGAUCCCCGACAAGGAGGAACGGCGACGGCUGAAGUACGCCUACAACUGCGCCGACAUGGUCGAUCCCGCCUUCCUGCACGCCUCCUCCGUGCUCAAGCAGAAGACGCCCGAGUGGAUCAUCUACCAGGAGGCGUACGAGCUGCGGCAUGAUGACUCCGAGAAGAUGUUCCUGCGCGGCAUCACCGCCAUCGAGCCGGAAUGGCUGCUCCUCUAUGUCCCUCUGCUGUGCAACAUGCGCGAGGUGCGCGACGAUCCGCCGCCGCGCUUCGAGUCCUCGUCGGGCAAGCUCUUCUGCUUCGUGGAGGCCACGUUCGGCAAGGCUGGCUGGCCGCUCCCUCUAUGCGAGAUCGAGAUGCCGCUCAGCGAGAAAGCCUGCUGUUACUUUGGCAUGUUCCUGCUGGCGGGUGACAUCUGUCCCCGGCUGGCCGAGUUCAAGGGCAAGCUGAGGGUCACGCCCGCCACACUCAUCAAGAGCUGGUCCAACCUCAACGACAAGGUGCUGCGCUUCAAGCGCGCCCUCAUCAACAAGGAGAUCCACACCCGCCAGGCCCUGCACGAGCACUGGGCGCGGGAUCCGAACUUCCUGUUGGAGGAGUACCACGGCCUGCUGUACGAUGUGGCCCUGAGCGAACUGACUUCCCUGUGGCCACCACUGCCCCAGGCCCAGGCCCAGCCACAGCCACAGCCCCUGCCAACCACCUGAGAACAGACGAGAGAAUGGGCUGUUUUGUAUAACAAGUUUCAUUAUAUUUUAUUUAUUUAAUUGAUGUA